GCCAUAAAACCUUAAAGAAGAACAAGACAACAGGAAAUUGUUUACGAGCACAGCUCGGGUCGAACAUUUCAUAUCAUACAAAGGAACAGUGGCUUCCACAAUGGAUCGGGAAGAGCUUAGCCUGUCCCCCUCCACCCUCCAGGAGUCCCCAGGUCAACCGCCUCUCCGUACUUUACUGCUGGUUCUGGUCGACUGCAGGAAAACACCGGGGCAGACUGGAACUGAGAGAGGAGAAGAAAUGGAAGAUGGAGAUUUGAUUUCAUUAAGGGACAUCCCUAAUCGUUGCUCUCUAAGUGGGAGGGGCUUAUCGUCUGGGGAGCCUCAACAACAUCAUGAUGCUGACAAGAAAGAGAAGAGUCUCUCCAGAUCAGAACACCUCAAACACCAGCAUAGAGGUACAGGGAAGAAACCUCACCACUGCUCUGUCUGUGGGAAGAGUUUUGAUAAACAAGACUUGACUAUUAAUGAGCAAAUUCACACUGGAGAGAAACCGUUCCACUGCUCUCAGUGCGGGAAGAGUUUCACUGCAUCUAAAACUUUAAAAUCUCAUCAGAGAAUUCAUGCAGGGGAGAGGCCUUACCCCUACUUUGAUUGUUUGAAGCAUUUCUCACAAUCAGGAUUCCAGACUACACAAAAACACACAGGACCUCCUUAUAGCUGUGAUCAGUGUGGGAAGAGAUUCAAUCAAUUAGUACACCUGACUAUACACCAGCGCAUACACACAGGAGAGAAGCCUUAUAGCUGUGAUCAGUGUGGGAAGAGCUUCAAUCAAUCAGGAGACCUGACUAAACACCAACGCAUACACACAGGAGAGAAGCCUUAUAGCUGUGAUCAGUGUGGGAAGAGCUUCAAGCACUCAGGAGUCCUGACUAAACACCAACCCAUACACACAGGAGAGAAGCCUUAUAGCUGUGAUCAGUGUGGAAGAAGAGCUUCAACUCAAACACCUGAACGCAUACACACAGAAGAGAAGCCUUAUAGCUGUGAUCAGUGUGGGAAGAGCUUCAAGCACUCAGGAGUCCUGACUAAACACCAACACAUACACACAGGAGAGAAGCCUUAUAGCUGUGAUCAGUGUGGGAAGAGCUUCAAUCAAUCAGAUCACCUGACUAAACACCAACGCAUACACACUGGAGAGAAGCCUUAUAGCUGUGAUCAGUGUGGGAAGAGCUUCAAUCAAUCAGGACACCUGACUAUUCACCAACGCAUACACACAGGGGAGAAGCCUUAUAGCUGUGAUCAGUGUGGGAAGAGCUUCAAUCAUUCAGGAUCCCUGAUUAUACACCAGCGCAUACACACAGGGGAGAAGCCUUAUAGCUGUGAUCAGUGUGGGAAGAGCUUCAAUCAAUCAGGAGACCUGACUAAACACCAACGCAUACACACAGGAGAGAAGCCUUAUAGCUGUGAUCAGUGUGGGAAGAGCUUCAAUCAAUCAGAUCACCUGACUAAACACCAACGCAUACACACAGGAGAGAAGCCUUAUAGCUGUGAUCAGUGUGGGAAGAGCUUCCAUCAAUCAGGAGACCUGACUAAACACCAACGCAUACACACAGGAGAGAAGCCUUAUAGCUGUGAUCAGUGUGGGAAGAGCUUCAAUCAAUCAGGACACCUGACUAAACACCAACGCAUACACACAGGAGAGAAGCCUUAGCUGUGAUCAGUGUGAGAAGAGUUUCAGGACAUCAGAUCACCUGACUAUACACCAACGCAUACACUUUGGAGAGAAGCCUUAUAGCUGUGAUCAGUGUGG